AUGGAAGUGGCGCUUUCCUUGGGCAAAGGCGGCUGCGAGCUCGUGAUGCUGACCACGCCCGACGAGGUCGACCAACUGGGAGAAGCCAGCUGCUUUGGCAAUGGCCUAGCACAGGCGUGGCGCCAAUUGCUGGAACCGUGCGACUUGGAGUCGUCGGGGACCCCCGCCUUGCAACAGCUUUGCGGGAACGUGACUGCCAGGCUGGCGUCGCUGGUGCGGUCCUGGAUGGCCACCACCGCUGAGGCGUGGCUCCGCAGGCAGCUGGCGGCAGGAGCCCGGGAACCGCGCGCGCUCGCGGCUGCCUGCGACGCAGUGGGCUGGCUCUUGCGGGAGGUGUCGCUGCACCACCGCGCCGCCGCGCUGCUGCAAGAUGGCCUGCUUCUGGCUUUGGCACCUCAAGGCUCUCACUUGCUGUGCUGCCUUGGCAUGGGCGCUUGCACCGGCGACCAAUCGGAGCUCCUUCAGUCCUGCGAAGAUGCCCGAAGGGGGCACGAGCGCAUGGGAACGCUGGAGACUAUGGCUGGCGUAGACCUGCUCUCCAACAUCGGGGCCGCUCGAUGGCGCUCUGGAGAUCUUGAAGGCGCCGCCGGGGCUCUGCAGCAGGCGCUGGCCAUCCGCCGCAACACGCGGACCCUGGAGAGCGCCGAAGGGGCGAUGCUUCUGCGGAAUCUGGGCGUCGUCCGCUGGGCCAAGGGCAACUACGAGAAGGCUAUUGAAGCCUAUGGGGAGGCGCGACGGGUCCGGGAAUGUACGGGCAGCCUGUCCGGCGCUGAUGGCGCCGUUUUACUGCUCAACAUUGGCUACGCAGAGGCCAACUUGGGCGUGGCACAAAGGGCCUUGGAGGCAUUCGAAGAGGCGCUGAGUGUCAUGGCAUCUGCCUCAUCCGGCGAGGGCCGCUACUCAAGUUUCGUAUUGCCGGAAGCGCUGGAGCUGGCUCCCUGUGGUGCCACAUUACUCAGCAGCAUCGCGGUGGCCAAGGGCAACUGCGGCUACCACGAUGAUGCACUCAGCGCCUACAAGCGCGCACGCGAGAUCCGGCAAAGAACGCGGACGAUGGACUCGCCGGCGGGCGCGGUGCUGUUGCGGAACACUGGGGUGGCGCUGGCAGGUCGCGCGGACUCUGAAGGAGCUUUGGACGCGUUCCUGCAAGCGAAGGCCAUCCGAGAGCAGACUGGCACCUUGGUCACCUGUGGCGGCGCAAACCUGAUGGCCAAGCUGGCGGCCCUCCGCGCGGAACGCGGUGAGGAAGCCUUGAGGGACUGCCGUACAGCGAGGGACCUGCAUGAGCGUGUUGGGACUCUUCAGACGCCUGGAGGGCGCACGGUCCUGCAGCUGCUGGAGAGCCUCCAACGUCGCUGA